GUUUAUAUGGUAUAUUAUCUACAUUAUAUACCCCUGUUUGCUUGUGCUGAUAUAGCAUUCAGUACUAUUUUGUGUACCGAUGCUUCAGCAUUUAAUGCUUAAUGUGUGCACAUUCACAGCUGACUCAGGAGAUUGCGCUUCUGAAGAGCUGGGAUGAGAAAACUGAUCACUUAUUUGCUGCACUUCCCAUGUUGAAAGACAGAGCUCAGCAUUAUAAAGCUGUUUUUGCAUCCAUCUUGGUUCGCCUUAAGGCUGCUGCAGUCUAUGAGUGGAACCACAGUAAGAGGAUCAAGUCUCAUACUAUUCUUCUGAGGCCUACUUCAGCAGUACUCAAAGCAAAGGAAGAUUAUGGACUCUCAAAGCUUUGUGAGAAGGUGGAGGUACAUUUCGUGCCUGGGAACCAUGUGACAAUGCUGGACAAGAAGGAGACUGCUGCUAUCAUCAACAGGCCAGUGGCAACUUGUGAGCAUCAGUGAUCACUGAUCAGCAGUUACUGUCCAAAUAAUUUCCUUUGGUCAAUAAGAAACAACUUAAGCUGUUAUUUGACAUAUAAAGUACUUAUAUUUUUCUUAUGUGAGAACAAAUUUUGGGUCACAUACAUGUUUUCAUAAUAUUAUGUGAUUUAUAUUUGAUUCUUUAUAAUAUAAAUUCCUGGUUGGAAUUUUCUUUUAUCACAGUAAAUCCAAGAAAAUACCAGGAGAGUAGUACUUGAUCCACCCACAUUACUCACUUGCACAGAGAUAUAUGCCAAUGAUAUGUCUUUGUGAUAGUUGAUAGUCAUAAUCUAGUAAUUAUGUAUAAUUGUUAGUGGUGUGGCACUAAGUCCCUUGUACUGCAGCCACUUCUGGCCUAUUGUACCAAAUUACGUAUAAUAGUAUAAUAGAUUAGGAUGUGCCAUAGCUCAGGCAUUAGGCCUGCUUUUCACCAUAGAGCCUAGAGUUCAGUGUACAACAACUUUUCUUGAGAUUUAAUGGUUGAAAUUUCACUCAAGAAUGUUUUCUCUUUCUUCAGUUUUCCCCUCCUAUUCAUCAUUCUGUCAUUGCUCCAUGCUCAUCUGUCACUGCCUCCUGAGGUGUGCAAUAGCCCUGAUCAGGCAGCACGUUAUCAUAUCCUAGGUUUUCAAGUUCAGGGCUUCAUCAUAGUAAGGAAAUGGUUUAAGACACAAUAAAUCAACGUUUAAAUUAAUGUCUUAAUUUUUCAUAUUAAGCAUAAAGCAUUGUCUUAAAUUUUAAUAUAAUAAAAGUGAUUUUUAAAAGUAGAUUUUUUACACUGUCAUUAGAACAUUAUGUGUUAUGACCAAGUAUUUUUUGAAGAUCGAAGCGGCCUAGGUUGUACCACCAUUUUUUUAAGAAUGACUACAUAAUGGGUGGGAAAUUUCAUACACACACACACACAUGCACGCACACAUUUCAUUAAUCUGAAAUUCAUCGAUCGACAGGUGAAUGUGAAACAUGUCAGGAGAUGUACGUGAGGCAAUCCAAAAGUUUCCGAAAUUUGAAUUUUGCGCGCGAAUGGUUAUGAGUACAUCGAAAUACCGCUA